CCAAGCGCUGUGGAGAUUUGUUUUUAGCCUUUUAGCACAGCUUGCUACACGAGUGGUUUUGAAACCUAUUUGUUCAAUCUAAUUCAAAGGAAUAUUGUUUAUGCUUCCCUAAACUUCAACGAUCGUUCAACGCAACAUUCCAGAGUCUAUUCCGCUGUCACCAUGCCAGUGCACCGGGACCGAGACAAGAAGGAGAACAUGGUGGAGGAGAUGGACGUUGAGGACCACGAGCAGGAUGCCUCCACCUCUGAGGAGGAGGAUUCUGACACCUCCUCUGUGUCAGAGGAGGAUGGCGACAGUUCCGAAAUGGAUGAAGAGGACUGCGAGAGGAGGAGGAUGGAGUGUCUGGAUGAAAUGACCAACCUAGAGAAGCAGUUCACCGACCUCAAAGACCAGCUGUACCGUGAGCGGGUGAGCCAGGUAAACUGUAAGCUUUCGGAGGUGGAGGCUGGCCGGGCAGUAGACUACCUUGACCCCCUGGCAGGCCUGCUGGAGAGCAUGCAGGUCCGCACCAAAGUGGCAGGUGUCUACAGGGAGCUGUGCCUGGAAUCUGUCAAGAACAAAUACGAGUGCGAGAUCCAAGCAGCGUUUCAGCACUGGGAGAGCGAGAAGUUGCUGCUCUUUGACUCGGUGCAAAGUGAACUGGAGGAGAAGAUCAGGAGGCUCGAGGAGGACAAACACAGCAUAGACAUCACAUCAGAGCUGUGGAGUGAUGAGAUCUCGGGCCGGAGGAAAAGGCGAGAUGCUUUAAGCCCCGACAAGAAGAGAAGACGGCCUUCUGUGGUCUCAGGCCCAUAUAUAGUCUACAUGCUUCCUGACUUGGACAUUUUGGAGGACUGGACUACCAUCAGAAAGGCUGUCGCCACACUGACGCCUCACCGAGGGAAGACGGAGCCCGAGAGCUCCAUGUUCCCCUUCAGAAUGGACAGAAACAGACCCAUACUCAACUGUUAAAGCUCUCCCAUGCACACAAAACACACACAACCUCGUCCAAUACUCUUGCACACCGGCACAGAACAUGUAAGAGCACACAGACCUAGGACUUAAAUAUUACACGUAUCAGACGGGUAUGCACACACACACACACACACACACACACACACACACACACACACACACACACACACACACACACACACACACACACACACACACACACACACACACACACACACACACACACACACACACACACACACACACGUCUUAAGGAGCCACGAUGGUCAGUGUCAUGGCGAAGUGCCACAGCCUUCCUGUCGCUGCUAUGGGUUGGUGAGCUGCUGUUAAUGCAACCAUACAGAAAUCUUGGGACCUAUGGAGCAUGACAUCCACACACGUGCACACAAAUGAGUGGGGCAAAUGACAAUUGCCCAAUCUGCUCUGGAUCAAAGACCACAAGUGCCAAACUAUGUUUGUAGAAUUGUGUUUUAUUUUAUUUCUAUCUUUGCGUUUGUUUUUAUACUUUUGCUGGGCGAGUUUAUAUACGUAUUGAGCCAAGCAUAGCAGGAAUACUGAUUGACUGAUUAAGUCAAUUAAGGAAUGCCGUUUUUAUUUGUUUAAUUUGUUUGUGUGGUGAACAAAUGGAGAAUGUUGUCUUUGCCGCCUUUGGAAAAAAAAUAAAAAUAUGUGUCCUCAUAUAUUUCCAAAGUGAAAUAUGCCAGGAUUUCCUUGCCCUGAAAUACAUUUACUACUACAGUUAAUACUGCCUUACGGUUCUGAGCUAAUGCCUGACUCUAGGACAAUUCUGAGCCUCUAGUUAGAAGGUUUUCGGUUCCGAAAACUUGACUAGUUAAAGACAAUAUAUUUCUUCUGGAUUUUGUCAUGGCUUCCCCUGUGAAGCUGCCAAAAAUGGCAAGACUAGUGCUCCCAUAACUUACUUGUUUCAGAGCAGAUCAGAUUUUCUGAAAUCCUUGGCGACGUUGACUUCUAUUUUACUUCCAGAAAACGCAUUCACUCAACUCAAGGAAGGGGUCCUGUUGCAUUGUUUAGUCACAUGUGCCAGCAUACGAUGUGCUGGAUUACUUCACCUUCUCCUGAAACAUUUCCUAAGGGACAACAAGGAAGAAGAAGUUAACCAACCUGUGCAGGGCAAUUACCUAACAAAUAUGCUUCAGGAAAAGCUGCGUACUUCCGAUAUAGGUCUGCUGAACAGGGCAACAAAGCGGCUCUGCUGCUGACUUGUUUUUUUAGAUUUCGGUUGGAACCCAAGGCAGGCUAUAUGUCUGCUGUUCACUAGCCAGCAGUACUGAGUGGAAGAUAAUUGUUUCUUUUGGUACUUUCUUUGUCUUGAAAUUAAAAUACUUUGUUCUUUUAACAACCUUAUUCUAUUUGUCUAUAUAUGUAGUCGUGUGUGAAGUGUUUCUUUAUUUUUUAAGCCUUCCUUGAAGGAAGGAAUCAUAUACUGAGAAUGGGUCAUUUCAUAUUGUUAGUUUAUUCUUCCAGGCCACCCAUCCUAAUAUCAGCCUACCGUGGUGGUACACACAUGAUCGGAAAACAGCCGUCCGCAGCAUCAACGCCACCUAGCGGUUAUGCAGAGCACAUAUUGCUCUAGUCUAGAAGUACAUCUACCAUGGUCAUUUGACUCAAUUCUUGUUCUCUUCAUGAAACUUUGGAAAAUAAA